AUGGAUGAAAGUGAUCUAGAAAAUUUAGAAGAUAUGUUAGAUAAUAAGGAAAAGGAUCUAGAAAACUACAAAGAAAUUUUAGAUGAUGUGGAAAAUUAUCAAAAUGACGAUUUACAAACAGAAACAAAUAAUUCGGAUGAUUAUGAUGAUCUGCCCACCAGUACUGUUGUUACAGGACAAUGGGUUUUGGUAAAAUUUACAACAAAAUCAAGCUUAAAACAUUAUGUAGGAAUAGUUUCAAGUGUAAACUAUGAGGGAAUACCAACGGUGAAGUACGUGAGAAAAAGUGCUUUUAGAGGCAAUGAUGAUAAUACUGCAUUUGUUUACCCUGAUGUACCUGACGUUUGUGAGCUCAGACAUCUAGAUGACAUUGUGUGCAAGUUACCUAAUCCUAUAAUUGGGCGAAGAGGAAAAAUCUUUUUCAAGGUUUCCUUUAAAGGAUAUAAUAUUAUAUAA